UUGGGUAUUGUACAAAGUGCAGUCUCUCGCGUGGAGCUGCCACCAGUACUCACACAACGUCACGCAGCACUUAUACACGCACAACGCUCUUGUCGCAAUGUCACAACAAUCCACCAUCCACUUGACCACCGAACAACUGCAGGCAAUGCUCGACUCGGUGCGCCAAGCCGCCGUAGCAGCAGCCAAUUGCGCCGCACCAGCAACAGUGAAGAUGCGUGGUACCUUCAUGUAUUGCAACAGUCGGCUUGGUGAUCAACAUAAUCAUGAAUAUGUCGAGGAGUUCAUACAAUCCGUAUUGGCUUAUAAAGAUAUGGAAUCCAUAAGUGAUGAGGAUGCGCUCAAAAGUAUUGCUAUACUCUUCUACAGUGAGGCGGCGCUAUGGUGGCAGGGUGUACGUGGUGCUAAGCAGGUGCACACUUGGAAUGAUGCUAUCGCUUUGAUACGUGAACAUUUCGCGCCCACGAAGCCGGCCUAUGAACUCUACAUGGAUCUAUUUGAUGAGAAGCAGGAUGAUGAUACCAAAAUUAGCACUUUCAUUUGUGUAAAUCGUGCGCUACUCGCACAACUACCCGAAGGACGACACGAUGAGGAGACGGAGUUGGAUAUGGUCUACGGUUUGCUUCAUAUCAAAUAUCGGAGGGAAAUAUUGCGGCAAGAUGUGAAAACAUUCGAAGAUUUGCUUGAGAGAGGGCGUAUCGUUGAGCAUAAUUGGAGUCAGACAGAGAGAAUGAAAUGUAAAAAGAAACACGCGGAGAAUUAGAUGAGUGAAGAGUUCGAAAGAACUCUACACUACCCCUUCUCCUUCAAAUAUAUAUAAUUAUGUUUUACUAAA